AUGUCUGUAAAUUUUUUGAUGAUCAUUGAAGUGGUAUAUGUACUAAUAAUCCUUUCACUGAUUACACCUCUUGAUUCAAGUAGUAUGACUUCCACCACUUAUACACUUAUUUGCCAGCUUGUGAGUUACCCUAAGGGUAUGCCAUUUUCAGUUGAAAUUGGCAGGAAUAUGAUUGUUGACAAACUCAAGAAGCUCAUCAAGGCUGAGAAAUCACCACAGCUCAACCACAUUGCUGCAGAUGAGCUGACACUGUGGAAGGUCGAAAUCCCUUAUAAAGAAAAGAUUUGUGAUACUGAUCUCACAGAAGAGCUAAAUUCAUUGAGGAAGAUUUUCCAUUACUGGGAGACAGAACCACCUGAAAUGCACAUCCAUGUCCUUGUUGGACUCCCACCUGAUUCUGGCCUCCCUAAUAAUACUGAUAUUCCGAAUUUGAAACGUCCAUGUUCACCUGAAUUUGAGCUAGUUAAGAAAAUCAGACAAGAGUAUAUAGACAAAUUCAUUGUCACCUCACCAUCAUCCACAGCACAUCCGUCAAUUUUUUUCAAGCUGCAAGAGAGAUACAAGGAUAUGCCAUUUAUCCGCUGUGGCCGGCCCUCUGAUACUGCUCCCAUGCCUAUAGACUUGUUUCAUCCUAUAUUCUACGAAUUUUUGGUCGAUAUUGAAAGCUACAAGCCCACACCUACAGAUCUUGAUCUCGCAGUUACACUGAUGGGAGAAUUGUCAAGUAGAGAAAAUAACAGAGAGGAAGAACGUGCAAACAAGCUUCGCAAUCACUG